GGAGUGGAAGGUUUCCAAGAAAGUCAUUGCAAUAGCUGCUUCGGAAAGGGAUUUUUUUUUUUUUUUCUUUGAAAUCAAGUCUUGCCAUGAGGCGGCAGUGCCGCAGGACGGCCGGCUCUGGCAGCCGGCUCCGGGCACGGGCACCCCGCUGCUCCUCGCCAAGGCCAGCGGCGACUGGAGCGCCCCGAAGUUGCCCGAGGAGGGGGUGGGGGAAGCGGCCGCUGGCUGCCGCCUCCCACCAAAGCGUGUCAAAAUCCCGCUUUUUCACCUUUUUUGUUUAAAUAUCAUUUUUUUCCCCCUGCUAUCCCUCCCCCCGCCCCGGCGGGUGCCGCUGCCCCCCGCAGCCCCCCGCAGCCCCAUCCCCCGGCGCGGCGCGGCGCGGGUGGGGCGGGGGGCGGGCGGCUGCAACCUGCCGGCGGGGCAGGGCCGGCCCCCGGCGGGCGGGCGGAGCGGGGCGGCGGCUGCCAUUGGCCGCGGCGCGGAGCGACACCUGCUCGGCUCCCUCAUGCGAGUGACACCGGGGCUCGGCGGGGAUAUUUGAGGCUCCCUCCGGCGCCGCCGCCGCCACUCCGCGCUCGCCGCCGCGCCGGGCACAUGCGGUUCGCGGGGCCGCGGCGAGCAGCGCGCUGGGCCCGGGUGCGGCACCCCGCGGGGGAGGACGCGGCGGCGGCGGCGGCGGCGGGGGGAAGGCGCGACCAUGUGCGCGGAGCUCGGCGGAAAGCUGGUGGCCCCGGCGCUGCUGCUGGCGCUGCUGUUGGCCCUGCUGCUGGCCAGCGCCCCGGCGGCCGCGGGCACUGAGGCCACGCACCCGCCGGAGGGGCCGCAGGACAGGACCCCGCAGCAGAAGGGGCGCCUGUCCCUGCAGAACACAGCUGAAAUCCAGCACUGCCUGGUAAAUGCUGGCGAUGUGGGAUGUGGAGUGUUUGAGUGCUUUGAGAACAAUUCUUGUGAGAUCCGAGGCUUACACGAGAUCUGCAUGACAUUCCUGCACAACGCUGGAAAAUUCGACGCCCAGGGAAAAUCCUUCAUUAAAGACGCUCUGAAGUGUAAGGCUCAUGCCUUGAGGCAUAAAUUCAGCUGCAUCAGCCGUAAGUGCCCUGCCAUUAAAGAGAUGGUGUUCCAGUUACAGCGGGAGUGCUACCUGAAGCAUGACCUCUGCUCUGCUGCCAAGGAGAACGUCCAGGUCAUUGUGGAGAUGAUUCACUUCAAAGACCUGCUGCAGCAUGAGCCUUACGUUGACCUAGUGAACAUCCUGCUCACCUGUGGCGAGGAGGUGAAAAAGGCAAUAACGAGGAGCGUCCAGGCCCAGUGUGAACAGAACUGGGGAAGCCUCUGCUCCAUCCUGAGCUUCUGCACCUCGGCCGUGCACGGAGACGCCGUCCUGGGGGCCGAGAAGAAGGCGGGGGAAGGCAGCAGGGCCGCUGCCAGCCGUGGGGACAUGGUGGCCCACGCCGAGCCCGAGCACAGGGAGAGCCUGCGAGCAGCCAAGGCAGAGAGAGGUACCAAGGGCCACUCCAACGCCCGGGUCAAAGCUGGGGGCCACGGGCCCAAAGGGGCCCACGGGAUCCUGGACCGGGCAGACGAACUGUCCGACUUCUCCGACAUCCGGAGGUGAAAAGAGGCACCGGCUCCCCCUUCCCCCCCGCUCCUCCGUUGAGUUCCAUCCUCCUGUCUAUGGACAUUCCAAAGCAUUUCCCAUUCAGAGGUCAAGCACAGGGCAUUGCAAGAUAUCUAUGGACCUCGGCAUCAGUGUGUAUAUAGUAGCAAAAAGGGAGAGCAGUGGCAAUGGGUUAUCGAUCCAGCAAACUCGGCGCUCGGGUGGCAAAAUGUCUCCAGCUAAAUUCUUUCCCCUUUUUUUAUUACGAAACGGACAUCAUCUGAAAUUUAGGAUCUUGUUUGGGGGUUGUUGGGUUGGGUUUGGUUUUGGGGUUUGGUUUUGGUUGUUUUUUGGGUUUUUUGUUUUGUUUUGUUUUGUUUUUUUUUCUUUGGGGUUUUUUUUUCCCUUUGGUCUCCUUGGCAGGGGAGAAGGUUCCAAGCGGGCUCUGCCAGGCUGCAUGUGGCUGCUUGUGGCUUAGCACCUCCAAAGGUUCAGGGCACAGCCUUACAGCAGAUGGCUGAAUUCCAGGGGGAUUUGGUUUCUGCCUGUGGCUGGGAAUGCCAGAGCUCAGGGCUCUCUAUGUGAAGCUCUCUAAUGAAGGAGCUGCCCCGUCUCUGGCACAGGAACCGUGUGGUCUGGAGCUCCGUCGCUUUCUCUGAAGUAACUUCUGAGCCAUUGCUCCCACCUGGGCGACGCUGCCUGGUUUUAAGUGCCCCCUGUUAGUUUUUAACAACUUGACACUUGCUGAUCACAGAACCAUACCCAGUCACUUCAAAGGCAAGUAAUCAGCUUCCAGACAAGGCAAUGUGACUGUUAAGACUUGCACAGGGUGGAGGACCCCCAAAAGUAUUCUCAUGGACCUCUGAAAACCCUGUGCAUAUUGUCUGCUUCCAUCUGCCCCCUCAGUGAUACAGGUCUUCCACCCUUACAGCCCAAGCCUAAAGGGGCAGGUGUGGGCUCAGACAGCAAAGGACCUUAUAAAUCCCCAUCUAUUUAGUUCUUCUUAGGGCUGCAUUGGAGGCCCAUCAGGAGCCUGCCUCUCCUUAGCAGUAUGGUGUGGUUUGCUGGGAUGUGGAGCCCCACUCUAACCUGCCUAUAGCUUGGUUUAUCCAAAUGCCAAAGACAAGGAGAGGGGAUUGACUUGGGUUUUUUAAUUCUUGUGCAGGUAAGGACAACCAAUCUCCACAGAACGAGUUAGUAAAGGUGAAGAGUGUCAAGAGCUUAUUGUCUUUAAGCAGUUUCAGGUGUGAAUGAGGUGUUUGGCCAUAUCUCUCCUACCCCCUAUGCAAUUGUUAUUCUCAGGUUGCAGCUCUGCAAUCCUAUAUUCCCAGAUAUUGUACUGGAAGUGGAGGCUGCAGCACCCACAGGGACAGGAGGGUGAGCUCUCAGCUUCCUCUGGCGGAAAAAGGGAGGUUUUCUUAGAAAGUGGGAAUCACACCGGGGAUUGGAGCCUUCUCAUUUAGAAAGUUUGGGAGGAAAGCUGUGGGGGCAGGAAGGCAGUUCAGCAGAGACAGAACGUACCCAGUGAACGAACGUGCGUCUUGCUGCAUGGUGGGAAGGAGCUGCAUAAACAGGAGAGGAGGGUGUUGGAAUUUGGCUACAAUUUCCAACUCAGAUUUCAGUUCCUGCUAAGUGAGCACGGCUCCUAAUAGCUACAUUCAGGGUUUAAUGCAGGGAUCCACCCGCAGAACUUGGAGGCACUGCUUUAAAUAGCAACCACGUAGGAGGCAAGAGGGGACAGUUGAGUUGAAAAGGUGUCUCUGUGAUCACCAGGUCUUUGCUUCAAGACGUGGCCUGGAUCCUGCCUGAUUUAGCAAAGUUCUGUGAUGAAAUUUCCAUUUGGUUUCAGCGGGAAGAGCUGGGACCAGGCCAGGUGCUGCAGCAGCAAAGACCACGGUGGUGGCACAGGGAGUGUGGCAUCUGCCCCAUGGGGCUGGUGACAGCUCAGCCAUCCCUGGGGCACCCAAGCUGCCCCACAGAGCACCCAGGUUUGGGCCUGGCUCUUGGCCACCUCUCUGCUCCAAAAACCUGCUGGUGGCACCCUAAGAAAGUUUCUGGCAUGUGCCUCCGUGGGUUUCCUGCAAGUGUCCUCUCCCCCUUGGUGGCACAGAACCACCACGAAGAACAAGCUCAAACCAAAAAGACAAUCCAAGCAUUUUAGCACAAAAAAAAAAAAAAAAUAAAAUACAAAAAAAAAAGGCUAACACAAACCACAGAAACAGCAACUUGCUACCAAUGUUCUUGCAUUGAACUAAAAUAAGAUCCCUCUUGUCAUUAGAGGUCUUGAUUCAUCAAUGGGAACCAAACAGAGAUCUACAUCUUUGAAUGUCUCAGUCAACAUAUCACCUCAGCAUGCAUACAGUUUUAUUUGUAUUCAUCGGUUCUGUGGGGAAAAUUGUGUAUUCCCCUUGUUUAGUCAAUGAAAAUUGGGAUGGGGGGGGGACAAGCUGUGGGUGGGAGGGAUUUUUGUAUAAGGCAUCAUUUUUUUUUUCCUCUGUGUGUGAAGAUUUUAUGUGUUCAUCUACUGAUUCCACAUAUGCUAUUAUUGUAAAUAUUUAACAUUUCUAUUUAUUAUAGUGUCCCCAUUUAAAAAAAGAACACUGCUGGCUAUGAUAAUUUAAACGUAUGUCAUGACCUGUGUUGUAUAUAUUCAUGCCACUAGUAUGUUUUUUUUUUUAUGUUUAAAGCUGCGUAAAUAUAGUUUUAUACAGUUCCAUAAUGUUAUUGACAGCAUAAAUCAUUUAUUUAUUGUUAAACCUUUCUUUCAUAUCUAACAGAUAGGGUGUGUUUUACCUGAGAUUAUUUUAUUGUGACAUCUACAUAGCCUUAAUUCUUUAUAAAAAAAAAAAAGAAGAAAAAAAAAAAGUCCAUUUAGAUACUGUAUGAUGCUUUAAUUAACAUUCCUUAUGAACUUGCUGUUCAUGAAGGAGGUUUAGCUUAAAAGCCAAGGUAUGAAUGUUUCCUUUAUGCUUUGCAUCUGGAAUGAGCCUUGUUCUGGAAUGAAAAUACUGCGAGAGAAGCAAAACGCCUACAGGAAAAAAGAUAGCAGUAAACCCUGGAAAAUGCUGUCCUAACUUACAGUGCUGAACUAAAAGGAGAAAAAUAAAAUAAUAAAUAAAUAAAUAAAAGACAAACUGUCCUUAAUUCCAAAUCUCUGGGAGAAAAACAUACUAGUUUUAUCUCGUGUAGAGUUUGCAGCCAAAUAAGCUUGUAAAUAAAGAAAAUGCAUAUGGCUUUGGACAAAGCUCUGUACCUUUCACACACUAUUAUUUUCCUUAAACACUAAUAAAUGUUUUGAAUAAG